AUGAAGAAAGUAUAACAUUCAGAAGGCAUGAUUGAUGCUAUCUAUUAUUUGUAGAAAUGUCAAUUGAUUAUGAAACAUUUCAAUACCUAAAACCCAAAUGUUAUCGAGUGGUUAUUUCAAUUAGAUGAAACCCAAAAGUAAUUUGAGUAAAAUUAAUGUCAUCAUCCCUUGUUGGAACAGUGUGCAUAAUUUAUAAAUCAUAAAAUUAUCCAUCCUUUUCUUUUAUGUUUAGAAUAAGUUUUGUAAUUUAAAAAUUUUGAAUAAGAAUUACAAAAACACAAAUUAGAGAUUGAUUAUGUAAUACGAAGACUUUAAAUAGUAUUGCAUUAUUUUAAUAAAUUAGAUAAGAGAAUUUUUGCCCAAUAUCUCAAAAGUUCCAUUGGAUGAUAUCUAUUGUUUAAGCAAUACCCAUUAAGAAUGGGCUCAUUUAGCUAAGUAUAUUCAGUUUAUUGAUGUAAUUUGAAAAACAAAUAUAGCUUGAUGACCCAGAGAUCUUAGAUUUGCAAUUUGAAAAGUUUAACGAUUACAUUUCAGUAGGCUGUGCAUAUGCAAAAUUAGGAAAUAUGAUUAAACUACCUGUUUUCAGUAUGAUCUUCUAAAAUUUGGGAGGAGCCUUCCUUAUAACAAAUAUUGAGAAGGCAAGAUAAAUUAAACUAAAAGAAAUGACAAAUCCUUCUGUCAAAUUCAUUUAAAAUUUAUGGAGUAUUUAAGAUAAGGCACCAGUUUUAAAGAAUUUUAUGAAAUACUCAAUGACUAAAAUAUAAUCUCAUCACAAAAUAUAUGUUCCUUAUUUAUUCAAACCAACAUUUACUUUGGAAAGAAUAAAUCAAGAAAUUGAAAGUGGAACAUUAUUUUAGCAAGAAGAAUUUAAAGGGUUUGAUUUAAUAGAUGAAAAUUUAUAUGAAAAAUUGAUAUAAUCUCUCUUUCGAAAGGAUAGAUAAAAUAAAAUAAAAGUUAGAGUGUUAUCAGCAAAUAAGGAAGUAUUUAGAUCAAAAAUUGAUGAAGAAUUAAUAGUAAAAUAAAUAGCCAACAUCAGCAAAGAUCAUAAUAAUAUUUUUGAAGGAACAUCCCCUGGAUUGGAUGGCAAAAUUAAGAAAGUGAUCUUAUAAAUCCAUGGUGGAGGAUGGGUUGGGAUGUCAUCAUUUAGCCAUCAAACAUAUACUAGAAAAUGGGCUAACCAUAUUGGAGAAGAUUGUGUAAUUUUUAGUAUUGAUUAUCGACUUGCUCCUAAAUACCCUUAUCCAUAUGCCCUUGAGGAUGUAUGGUAAUUAUAUCUUUGGAUUGUAAUUCUUCUUAAGUAUAUUAGCUCUAUUUUAGCAAAUUUUAUAUGAAUAUAAAUUUGGAGUAAUUAAUUCUUGCUGGUGAUUCUGCAGGUGGUAAUAUGGCCCUUGGUAUUUGUUUUCGUGCUAUUAAAAUGGGUAUCAGGGUACCAGAUGGAUUAUUUUUACCUUAUCCUGUUGUAAAUCUAAACUUCAAAGUCUUUAAUCCAUAUUUACUCAAUGGAUUGAUUGAUCAAAUAGCUCCUACAACAAUUUUGGUUGUAGUUUUAAGAGAAUAUUUAAAUAGUGGAAAAGAACAUCCAGAUACUGAUCCUUAUCUUAGUCCUAUAAUAGCUGAUGAUUCUUUCUUAACUAAGUAUUUAAUUUAUUCAUUUCUGAGAUUGCCUAAGAUGCGCAUUAUCUGUGGGGCUAAAGAUAGUUUAACUGGAGAUACAAUAAGAUUUGUUAAUAAAAUGAGAAAAUUGCAUCAUGAUAUUAAAUUGGAUAUUUUUAAUUGUUUAUCACAUGGAUUUAUGAAUUUUGAGGUUCCAAUAGUUGGAGUUACUCAUAUAGGUUCAGUGAUUAAUAUAAGUUGUAAAAUGGUUUAAGAAUUAUUUAAAUCAAGUGAAGUAUAAUGA